GGAGCCGCGGUCUGUGCGGGCUUUCUUUCAUCUCCGCCCAGCGACGUAGCUUCCACGAUCCGCGACUCAUGGCGCUUGGGCGUCAGAUACACGCGCCCGCGCCAUGUUCUCGCGCGUUUGCCUGUUCCUGUCCAUGAACAAUCUCUUACUAGUCGUCAACCAUCACUGCCAGCACAUCUUCGCCCACUGAUCUGAACCCCCCCCGCGCCAGCGAGCGAGCGAGCGAUGGAAGAACCACCCGAUACCGCAACCCUCGUAGCGAGCCUGAACGCCGAAAGCGAGAGCGCGCGCAAAUAUGCUGUUUUCAAGCUGAAAGGUUUACUGAAUGAUCCUUCUUUCGCGGAUGGGUUUAUUCAGAAUGGGGGCUUGCCGGCUUUGAGGCAGGCGGUGUUGAAUACGACGGGGAAUACGCAGGCUUAUGCUUUGGGGAGUUUGGAUGCGCUUUUGGAGUUGGAUAUGGGGUGGGAGUGUUGUGAUCAGGAGUUGUUGGAGAAGGCGCUUUCGCUGGCUAUAUCGCAUCCUCUUGUUAAUAUUGUCCGCAACGCCCUUACGCUUCUGGUCCUUAUCGUCUCGAGACCGGUUCCUGCGGGUCAGAGCGAUGCUUCGUCUGCUAUUUGCGGCUUCCGCGCCAUCAAGCCUGCCCUCGAUCAUCAUCCUCAGUUCCUCGAUUCGCUUGUCCAGCGUUUGAGCGCGUCGGAUCAUACGCUUUGCGCCAAUGCUCUGCAACUGGUUAACGCGCUGAUGCGCGACGCGGUACUCAAUGGUGGGGAGAACGAAUGGCCGAAGUUUGUGAAGAAGCUGCAAGAUCUGGGUGUGAUAGGAGGUGUGGGAAUGUUGAUGCGUGGGGAUGCAGCAAAUUAUGCGGACAGUCCUCUGGCCAUGGCGAUUUUGGAGUUCCAGGAUCUCACAAAGAUCUUGCUGCGGAAGUGGAGAGAUGUUACGGUUAAUGUGGAGCUUCCUGAACAUAAGAGGGCGUUGAAGACGAUACAUUUGCUGAGCAAGCCGGAUCCUUGGACACCAGUGGUAGGAGCGAAUGGGACGAAAGGGCGAAAACAUCAUCCUGAGAAAUGGCGACGUUUGGGUUUUGAGACGGAGUCUCCAGCUUGGGAAUUUGACGAGACUGGAUAUCUUGGAAUGAUGGAUCUUGUGGAGUUUGCGCGUCGCAACGAGGACCUUUACCAGAAGACUUUGCUCGAACAGGCUUCCCUUCCGCGAGAACAACGCUGUCCUAUCGCGCGUGCCAGUCUGAGCGUCACGUUGGUCCUCUACGAGCUUUUCGAAAUCGACGACAGUACAAUGGGCGGGCUUCCACAGUACCGGAAUAGCUUCGAUCGCGACCAGAGUGUCGAUCGACUUUACAAGCCUCUCCUUCUGCAAUGGGGUCGACUUCAUACUGCUGCUUUGAAUACCUUCAUGAGGUUGUGGAAGGAUGCUGGGGCAGAGCAGCAAGACAUUUACAAAAUCGAGGAAGUCGUACGGAUCGUGGUUGAACGUAUUGUCGGUCUAGCACCUCGCAAGACCGAUAUUGGUCACGUCGAAGAGCAGCUUCGUUUGGUCAGCCUCAACACAGCUCGGAAAUGGCAAAUGGAGAAUUUGGACGACGUGUACCAAGACGCCUGGGGCCCGCAUCUGGUGGAAGUCCACGAGCAACUUCGCAACGAGAGUCUGCAAUUCAUGAGGGAGCAGCGCAUAAGAUGUCUGCUCCAGGGCUCGUGGUUCCCCAUGUCAGCUGCAGGGGACAACAGCUCGUGGCAGUUUGUCAGACUCAGUCACAAUAGAAGAUGGCUGCAGUACCAGACAUACCCUGAAGCUGGAGAUUUCACGCCCUCGCUGGCGGAUUUGCAGGAGAAGGUUGAUUUGGAUAGUGUGACCUCAGUGGACAGCAACGUUUCGGCACCAGAACGUCGACCAACGAUCACCGAUGAUCAAAGUUCAAGAACACUGCAUAGCUCCGGGCGCGGGUCUGCGAAGACCUCAACCACAAAGAUUACCAUAUUGGGAACUCCAGGCGCGACAAAGAUUGCGGCUCCUGAUGAGGAUGAACAGAUCCUGCUGGAGCUCUUCCCGCAGACCUCCCACCUGGCAUCGGAGUGGUUGGAUGGGCUGUUAAUGCUCCUGAACCAGCAACCAAUCACGCAAGACACGGCACGUUUGGUGAACAUGUGCGAAGAUUGGGGCGUGAGGCUGAGAAUGCUGAACUUGCGCUGGGAGGAUGUAGAUUGGGAUGCGCUAGAGCGUAGCGCCAAAGGUGAAGAUGUCGAGUUUCGACCGGUGCCGAGCAGAGAAGGGCUUGAUGAUGGAGAUUUCUGGUAUGCGCUACCAGAUGAGCAGUAAGUAGUAGUAAUAGUAGUAGUAGAAGAUGAUACCCAACUUUCAAGUUUUAAUGCAUAGAAGCCCCGUAUUAUUGCAGACA